CACCAUUGGGCAGCUUUGGGAACGUUCACUGGCACCUUCAGGCACCUUCGGGCACACUCUAGGGCACUUUUUGGCUCAUAGCAAUCUGAAAAUAAUCUACGUUACAUAGCAAUCAGUUUUCAAAAACAUGUUGGUCAAUUAUCUGUCACUGCUCGAAAUUUGUUUUUCAAGAUGAUUGACGAAGUUUGUAUUUUAUUUUAUUAUAUUUGUGCCUAGUUUCUUAUCUUUUUAAUUUAAUGAUGUUGCAGGAGUAUUUCUGGAGCAAGCUUCAAAAACUGUAUGGUGAUAUACAGCCGCACCUAAAAAUAAUUUUGAAGAAACAAAAUUUAAUAAGCAAGUCACUGGCACGACUGAAUCGCGAAAGCAUUGCGCGAAUUGCGGGGGACGUGAGGAAUCGUGCCGCUCGGUUAGCCAAAGCUGGUCCCCAAGACGAUCCUUUGGCGUACGGCGAUUUCGCCGCGGAUCCACAAAAUUUCGAGUUCUACGAAGGCGAAAUUCUUUGCUUGCUAGAUAUAGCUGGCAUCGUAGACUCGAAAGGAAUUGAUUAUUUCAUCCGGCUGGCCAAAAAAGCUACGGCGCCUCCGCCGCAAAAAGCUUCGGUGCAACAGCCGCAAAGCGCGAAUCAAACUUCUUUUACACCGGAUCCGGAAGAGUUGAAGGCCAAACUGAACGAAAAAGUUCUGCUUGAGUUAUUGAAGUGGUCCGAACUGCUAAGCGAUGGAUUUACAAAACAAAAGGCAAAAAUGUUCUGCCCGCUUUGCAAUGCUGCCGGCCAACGGCGGUGCGUCUCACUAUCUGCUGACACUUCCGGAAAUUGGCAUAUGUUUAAUUUUAAAAGGCACUGUAAGAACUUCCACUGCGAUAAACCGGAAGCGGAUAUAGGUGUUACCCCACCGAAAGUUGAAUGCCGUGACAUCGGCGUGAACAGUUCGCUAUUUUUUUCAUCGUCGUUGCAAGAACAACAUGUACAACGAGAAAUCCAACUCCAUGAUGCUGUUGCUGACGAAUCCUUCGAUUUUGAUGAGUUGAUCGAAGAUGAAUGUGGUAUUUUUUUGAAAAUUACUGUUUUAUGUAUAAUAAGUAAAUUUAUUGAAAACUAGAUUUGCAAGAAAAUGAAGAAGAGCUGCCAGCUUUUGAGGAACAGGGAAGUUGUUCGACGAUUAUUCUAGGUAACAUUUUGUAAAAUGAAUGUCAAAUAUAUCUCAUUUGAAAUAUAAUAACCACUAGGAUCGAAAUGCAGACAAAUUGAUUCUGAAAUCCUA